UUUAAAUCCCUUCCCCGUCUCGAAAAUUUUUCCUUACAUCCAAACUUUCUAAAUUCGUCUUCUCUCCUCUCCCGCUCUCCAAUUUCAAUUUUUCAGCGCUCUUUCUCUCUCUCUAUACGUCACUUUCUAUUUCAAUCCUUGUUUAUGGCUUCUCCCGACGAUCAUCCCGUUGAUCCUCUCCCGCCGUCCAGUAAUCAGCCGCCUCCCACUCUCCCGCUUUACCCUGAGAUGAUAAUGGCGGCGAUUGAGGAGCUCAACGACAAGAAUGGGUCGAACAAAUCGACCAUUUCGAGGCAAAUCGAGGAGACGUACGGCGCUAUGCCGCCGGCUCACCAAACUUUGCUGUCUCACCAUCUCAACAAGAUGAGGCAGAGCGGGCAGCUCGUUUUGGUGAAGAACAACUACAUGAAACCCGAUCCCAAUGCGCCACAGCGUCGCGGUCGCGGCCGUCCUCCGAAGCCCAAAGCUCCGUUGCCGCCGGGGUACGUGCCGCCUCCCCCACGGCCGCGUGGCAGGCCGCCGAAGGCCAAGGAUCCGCUUGCUCCGGCCGCGUCGCCCAAGAAGAAGAGUGCCCAAUCCGGUGGCACUGGGAGGAAGCGCGGAAGGCCUCGGAAGUACCCUAAAACUAACGUUGCCCCCGCCGUGGCAGCUCCCUCUAGUGGUGCCCCGCGGCGGAGAGGGCGGCCGCCUAAGGUGAAGCCGGCCGUGGCUGCUCCGGUAGGAGCUUGAUAAUGAUAAUUAGAAAUAAAUUUAGUUUUAGGAGUGUAGUGCUGAUCAAUUAUCGUCUUCAUUUUCACUUUUUCUUUUCGAGUAUAACAUUUUUCUAUAUUUCACGUUUUUUUUUUUUUUUUUUUAUUCCUUUGAAAUCUGGGAUUCUGGGUUGGUUAAUUUGAUGAUAGGUCUUCCGGUUGUGCUGUUGUAGCUUGUAACUGUGAACUGUUUUUACUGUAAUUUGGGGCAAUGUAAAUGUUGAAUGAGAGGAAAUUGGAGGCUUUUUUGGGCCCCUUUCUUUUCAGUGUUCUUUCUUUAGUCUUUACUUCACCCAAUUGAAGGAAAAAGUGAAGGAGUUGAGACA